CGCGGGCCGGUGCCUGCCCGCAUCGGCUACUACGAGAUCGACCGCACCAUCGGCAAGGGCAACUUCGCUGUGGUCAAGCGGGCCACGCACCUCGUCACCAAGGCCAAGGUCGCUAUCAAGAUCAUAGAUAAGACCCAGCUGGAUGAAGAAAACCUGAAGAAGAUUUUCCGGGAAGUUCAAAUUAUGAAGAUGCUUUGCCACCCCCACAUCAUCAGGCUCUACCAGGUCAUGGAGACAGAACGGAUGAUUUAUCUGGUGACAGAAUAUGCGAGUGGAGGGGAAAUAUUUGACCACCUGGUGGCCCAUGGUAGAAUGGCAGAAAAGGAGGCCCGUCGGAAGUUCAAACAGAUCGUCACAGCUGUCUAUUUUUGCCAUUGUCGGAACAUUGUUCAUCGUGAUCUAAAAGCAGAAAAUUUGCUUCUGGACGCCAACCUGAAUAUCAAAAUAGCAGAUUUUGGCUUCAGUAACCUCUUCACCCCUGGGCAGCUGCUGAAGACCUGGUGUGGCAGCCCUCCCUAUGCUGCCCCUGAACUCUUUGAAGGGAAGGAAUAUGAUGGACCCAAAGUAGACAUCUGGAGCCUUGGAGUUGUCCUCUAUGUGCUUGUAUGUGGGGCCUUGCCGUUUGAUGGAAGCACACUGCAGAAUCUGCGGGCCCGGGUGCUGAGUGGAAAGUUCCGCAUCCCAUUUUUUAUGUCCACAGAAUGUGAGCACUUGAUCCGCCACAUGCUGGUGUUAGACCCCAGUAAGCGCCUCUCAAUGGAGCAGAUCUGCAAACACAAGUGGAUGAAGCUAGGGGACGCGGAUCCCAACUUUGACAGGUUAAUAGCUGAAUGCCAACAAUUAAAGGAAGAAAGGCAGACAGAUCCCCUGAAUGAGGAUGUCCUCUUGGCCAUGGAGGACAUGGGUCUGGACAAAGAGCGGACACUACAGGCGGAGCAGGCAGGUACCACAAUGAACAUCAGUGUUCCCCAGGUGCAGCUCAUCAAUCCAGAGAAUCAAAUUGUGGAGGCGGAUGGGACAGUGAACUUGGACAGUGAUGAGGGUGAAGAGCCUUCCCCUGAAGCAUUAGUCCGCUACUUGUCAAUGAGGAGGCACACAGUGGGGGUGGCAGACCCACGCACGGAAGUUAUGGAAGAUCUACAGAAGCUCCUCCCUGGCUUUCCUGGAGUCAACCUGCAGGCUCCCUUCCUGCAGGUGCCUCCUAACAUGAACUUCAUGCACAACCUGUUGCCCAUGCAAAAUUUGCAACCAACUGGGCAGCUUGAGUACAAGGAGCAGUCCUUAUUACAGCCACCCACCCUACAGCUGCUGAAUGGAAUGGGCCCCCUUGGCCGGAGGGCAUCAGAUGGAGGAGCCAACAUCCAACUGCACGCCCAGCAGUUGUUGAAACGCCCACGGGGACCCUCCCCACUUGUCACCAUGACACCAGCAGUACCAGCAGUUACCCCUGUGGACGAGGAGAGCUCAGAUGGGGAGCCAGAUCAGGAAGCUGUGCAGAGGUACUUGGCAAAUAGGUCCAAAAGACAUACACUGGCCAUGACCAACCCUACAGCUGAGAUCCCACCGGACCUACAACGGCAGCUAGGACAGCAGCCUUUCCGUUCCCGGGUCUGGCCUCCUCACCUGGUACCUGAUCAGCAUCGCUCUACCUACAAGGACUCCAAUACCCUGCACCUCCCUACGGAGCGUUUCUCCCCUGUGCGCCGGUUCUCUGACGGGGCGGCAAGCAUCCAGGCCUUCAAAGCGCACCUGGAAAAAAUGGGCAACAGCAGCAGCAUCAAACAGUUGCAGCAGGAGUGUGAGCAGCUGCAGAAGAUGUACGGGGGGCAGAUUGAUGAAAGAACCCUGGAGAAGACCCAGCAGCAGCAUAUGUUAUACCAGCAGGAGCAACACCAUCAAAUUCUCCAGCAACAAAUUCAAGAUUCUAUCUGUCCUCCUCAACCUUCUCCACCUCUUCAGGCUGCAUGUGAAAAUCAGCCAGCCCUCCUCACCCACCAGCUCCAGAGGUUAAGGAUUCAGCCUUCAAGCCCACCUCCCAACCACUCCAACAACCAUCUCUUCAAGCAACCCAGUAAUAGUCCUCCCCCAAUGAGCAGUGCUAUGGUCCAGUCUCAUGGUGCUGCAUCGCCCUCUCAAUAUCAAGGCUUACCCUCCCGCAGUGCGAUCUUCCAGCAGCAGUCCGAGAGCCGCUCUCCUCCUCCCAACGUGGCACUAACCUGCUUGGGUAUGCAGCAGCCCACCCAAUCACAGCAGGUAACCAUCCAAGUCCAGGAGCCUGUGGACAUGCUCAGCAACCUGCCAGGGACAGCUGCAGGCCCAGCCGGACGGGGCAUCUCCAUUAGCCCCAGUGCCAGUCACAUCCAGAUGCAGCAUCGUACCAACCUGAUGGCCACCUUCAGCUAUGGGCACCGGCCCUUGUCCAAGCAGCUGAGUGCUGACAGUGCAGAGGCCCACAGUGCACAUCAGCAGCAACCGCACUAUACCACAUCGGCACUACAGCAGGCCCUUCUGUCCCCCACCCCACCAGACUAUACAAGACACCAGCAGGUACCCCACAUCCUCCAAGGACUGCUCUCUCCCCGGCAUUCGCUCACCGGCCACUCGGACAUUCGGCUGCCCCCCACCGAGUUUGCACAGCUCAUUAAAAGGCAGCGGCAGCAGCAACAGCAGCAGCAGCAGCAACAAGAGUAUCAAGAAUUGUUCAGGCAUAUGAACCAAGGGGAUGCUGGGAGUAUAGCUUCAAAUCUUGGGGGACAGAGUAUGACAGAACACCAGGCUCUACCUUACCAAAAUGCUGACUCAUAUCACCACCACCACACCAGCCCUCAGCACCUUCUGCAAGUCAGGGCGCAAGAAUGUGUCUCACAGGUUCCCUCACCGCCCCCGCCCCAUGGGUAUGCUCGCCAGCCAGCACUAAUACACUCAGAGAGCAUGGAAGAGGACUGCGCAUGCGAGGGGGCCAAGGAUGGCUUUUUAGACAGUAAGAGUCCAAAUGCAUUGACCAAAGGUUGCCAUGACAGCCCCCUGCUCUUGAGUACCAGUGGACCUGGGGACCCUGAAUCUUUACUAGGAACUGUGAACCAUGCACAGGAAAUGGGGCUACAUUCUUACCGACAUCAACCAACUACUGCAUUCAGCAGAAAUAAGGUUCCCAGCCGAGAGUCUGUCAUAGGGAACUGUAUGGAUAGAAGUUCUCCAGGACAAGCAAUGGAGGUGCCAGACCAUAAUGGGCUUGGGUAUCCAGCACGUUCCUCAGUCAGCGAGCACCACAGGUCCCGGACCCUUCAGAGACACCACACGAUCCAGAACAGCGACGAUGCUUACGUGCAGCUGGAUAAUUUGCCAGGAAUGAGUCUUGUGGCCGGGAAAGCACUUAGCUCCGCCCGGAUGUCAGAUGCAGUUCUCAGCCAGUCCUCACUCAUGGGGAGCCAGCAGUUUCAGGAUGAGGAUAAUGAAGAAUGUAGGCAGAGUCUGGAAGGUCAUGAACACCCAGACCUGACUGAUGGCAGCCAGCAUUUAAACCCCUCUUGCUAUCCGUCUACAUGUAUUACAGACAUCCUACUCAGCUACAAGCACCCUGAGGUCUCCUUCAGCAUGGAGCAGGCAGGCGUGUAGCAAGAACUGGAGAGUUUUGUGUACAGCUUGGGAAUGAAAACGUUCAUU